CAGACCCCCCCCAACCCGCGCAGCCUCCUCCGCCGCCCCAGCCUCGGCCAUGGGGCGCUACACGGGCCAGACGUGCCGCCUGAUUUUCAUGCUGGUGCUGACGGCCAGCUUCUUCGUGGCCGAGCUGGUCUCCGGCUACGUGGGCAACUCCAUCGCGCUGAUCUCGGACUCGUUCAACAUGCUCUCCGACAUGAUCGCGCUGUGCGUGGGCAUCUCCACGGGGCGCAUCGCUCGCCGCCGAGGCCGCCGGGCUCCCGCCGCCACUUUCGGCUACGGGCGGGCCGAGGUGGUGGGCGCCCUCAGCAACGCCGUCUUCCUGGCCGCCCUCUGCUUCACCAUCCUGGUGGAGGCGGUGCAGCGGCUGGCGCAGCCCGAGGGGAUCCGGGACCCCUUCCUCAUCCUCGUGGUGGGCGCGCUGGGCCUCGCCGUCAACCUCCGCCGACCACCUCCCGGCCGCCGCCGCCGCCACGCCUCCUCGCCGGAAGAGAGCGCGGGAAACGCCACCGACCUCGCCCAGGUGGUAGCCGAGGCCGAGGACGGAGAUGAAGCAGGUGACUCCAUAAGUCCCCAGAAACAGACAGAAGAGCAGGAGGUACAGAAAAAAGAAAAGAAGUCUGAAGCCUUGAACAUCAGAGGUGUCCUUUUGCACGUAUUGGGAGAUGCCCUUGGCUCAGUUAUUGUGGUGGUGGCUGCAUCUAUAUUCUAUGCACUUCCCCUGGAUGAGAACACCCCCUGUAACUGGGAAUGCUACAUUGAUCCCAGCCUGACCAUAGUUAUGGUGGCCAUUAUACUGUCUUCAGCCUUUCCGCUCAUUAAAGAGACAGCAACCAUUUUGCUACAGAUGGUUCCCAAGAAUGUUAACAUGCAAAUACUGACAAACAAAUUAUUAGAUGUGCCAGGGAUUAGCAGCAUUCAUGAGGUGCAUGUCUGGGAGCUUGUCAAAGGAAAGAAUAUGGCCACUGUCCACAUCAAGUGUAAUUCAGUGCCUGAUUACGAAAAGGCUUCCUACAAAAUGAGAGAGGUGUUCCAUGAAGCUGGAGUCCAUUCAGUCACCAUCCAGCCGGAGUACGUGGACCACAGAAAUCCCGAGAUCUUAUGCAGUUUCCCAUGUAUCUCUGCAGCUUGCAAUCCUCACCUGUGUUGUAGCCAGCAGGAAGCGUUCCUUGCUCAGGUGAAUGGCUACAACGGAAAAGGAGGCCUUUCGCCAACUCUGCAGAAAUCUUUCAAGAAGAUAGACAUGGUGGCCAUCCCUGCCGAACCUACGUGGGCAGAAGAUGUCAUCGUAAAGGACAGUAGCUCAAAGGGCACUCCCAAAAAAAUGAGUGAACCCAAACUGGUUAUACGUAGUAGUACACGAUUCUAGAUCAUUUAGCUUGUGCUUGGGAAGUUCUUUUAUCUAGGGCAAAGCCUUUCUUGGUUAAAAGAACCAAGAUGCUAAUGGCAAAUAUUUUGCCAUGGUCCUGGGAAAAUGGCACUUGAUAGCAGAGUAGCAAAUGCAUGGAUGAACAAUGCAAUUUGAGUAGGUGUUCUUUGUUUGUGUUGAAAGAUCUAGCUGUGGAUGUCGAAGGUGCCUCUACUUAUCCAGUGCGUGUCACUGACUCUGCAGCCCCACAUUCUUGUAAAACUGGGGGAAGGGAAGGGUUUUCUCUUCCACAGAAAUGUAAGCAGAAGUGCUUUGUCACACAACAGAUUCUUUGGAUGCACUUGU